AGCGGCUGCACGCGCGCGGGCCUCAUGGGCACCGUGCUGAGCUUCAGCCCGCGCGAGCGGCGCCCGCCCGCCGCCGCGCCGCCGCCCGACCGCGCCGCGCUCGCCUACUCCUACGAGCGGCUCAACAACGCCAAGAACCGCGAGAACCGCGACCUGCCGCGCGACGAGCGCCGCGCCACCCUCGACGACGCCGCCAAGAUCAUCUCCGAGAAGACGGCGCUCGAGAAGAACCUGAAGAAGCACUCGCUGUUCAUAAACGCGCUCUCGUGGAAGAGGUUCUCGACGGCGAACAACAACAAAAAGAAGUUAGAAUGCAAGAGCAAGAGCGUGGCGACGUUCCGGGCGCCGCUGACGGACAACGCGCCGCUGGACCGGAACAAGAACGUGAGCGCGCAGGGAGCGGUGUACGCGCGGCCGACGCCGGUGCCCGCGCCGCUGCCGCCGCCGGACGCGCUGCGGGCCAACGCGCUCAACAACAACGUGUGCUACUCGGAGAAGCUCCCGACGAGCGUGGUGGGGCCGGCGGUGGCGCCGCGCAAGACCGUCAUCCAGGCGUCCACGUCUGAGCUGCUGAAGUGCCUGGGCAUGUUCCUGCACGCGCGGUGCCACCGGCUGCGCGACUUCCAGGCGGGCGACGCGGUCAUGUGGCUGCGGACGGUGGACCGCUCGCUGCUGCUGCAGGGCUGGCAGGACGUGGCGUUCAUCAACCCGGCGAACGUGGUGUUCGUAUACAUGCUGGUCCGCGAGCUGGUGGACGGCGAACGCAUAGCGCGGCCCCAAGACCUGCAGGCGGUAGUGCUCACCUGCCUCUACCUCUCCUACUCAUACAUGGGCAACGAGAUAUCCUACCCCCUCAAGCCCUUCCUCGUCGAAGACUCCAAAGACAAGUUCUGGGACCGCUGUCUGCUCAUCGUCGACCGCCUCUCCUUCAACAUGCUCCGAAUCAACUCCGAACCAGGAUUCUUCACAGAAGUGUUCACUGAAUUGAAAGCGUGCGGGGUCAUUGACAGCCCGCCGCCUGCGCCCGCGCACCCCGCCCCCGCGCCUCCCCUCGCCCUCUCCGCCGCCUGACACACGGAGGUCGCCGUCCUCCGGUUAGCCCUCACCGACCGCCCCAGCCGGGUCUGAUGUCGGCUUAUCAUGACUGCAGUACUUGAUCAAUCGUCAAUGUUCUAAAGCCUGGUCCGUAAGCACGUAGAAUUUUGUCCAAUGACCCCAAGCUACCCAUCCUUAUCGCUCGCGCGUAAUUAUGUUGAUGUCGCGCUCGCACACUCACUGCGGGCGCCCGUCGCACAGUCGCGACAGCAAUAUAAUUAGGCGCGAGCGAUAAGGAUGGGUAGCUUGGGGUCAUUGGACAAAAUUCUACGUGCUCACGGACCAGAGCCUAGUGGUCGUCUAACCUCAACGAAUGUGGGACAGCAAUAAGUAGGUGUACAGCUGUUUUUGGAGGGGUUCCAAAAAUUUGGGUAGAGGUUAAAUUGGAUUUCCUUUUUAGUGUUAGAUGAUUACAGAAUUCCAUCCUUAAGCGUUCCGAAAUUUAUUACUACUUAUCAUCAGAGCUAUUUUAGAUUUAAAACCUAUCAUCCGAGUUAGUAAAAAUACUAGAGCGCUGUUCAAAAACGGAUGCUUAUGGAUGCGAGUUUCGAAAUUAGUCAUUUAUCAUUAAAUUAAUCUAUCAAUUCCUAUUUACUUCUGCCAGCUUGAUACCUAUUACGCUGGUGCCUACUUUAGAGACGAAUAAAUUAGAAAUUAAACCAAUUUGCUCAAUGACCAUCAAUUAAUUAACGAUCACUAACUUGAUGAUUGACCAAGAACUGUGUAGUCAGAAGGAGAUGCAAAAUACAUUUGCAGAGACGACGCUGUACCAAAAGGGGGACGGUCCAGCGAUCCAGAUGCAGAUUGCAUUCCGUUCAAUAUUAGAUAGGACGUGAUAAGACGAGGAAUUCCAUUAGUAGUUCAGUUGAUAUUUGAUAUUCAGCCCUAAAAUACGUUUCAUAGUGAUACGAGAAAGUCUAGUUUGAGAACUUUUGGAAAUUGUCGAGUAGGACGUCAUUCGCAACCUCUCGCCGAUGGGUGGUGGUGUAAAGGUGGCCUAAAAGCGCCACAUUAUAGUUAUCUUAUAAGAUAAUCGUGAUUGUUUAAAUGAAUUGGUAAAUUAAUGUGAAGGAAGUGGUUAGAGCCGCAGGCAAAUCAUGUUUUCCACUCUAAAUGAGGUGAAGUUGAAGCAAAUGCACUUAAAAUGUAUUUUAUAAGUUGACAUUUGUUUUAGGCUGUAAAGUAGGGAAACGAUGGGGGCCCGUUCCCAUAGCAGUCCAGUAAGCAGUUUGGGUCCCGAAAAUCUUAUAGAUUUCACAUGUCGUCAUUUGCUUGAUUUUCAGGUGAUACUGAGAUAGUUUUUCACGAAUUCAGAUGAAAUUAAGGUGAACAUAGUUACUCUUGUGUUAUUUCGGCAUUGUUGCCACCGGCAACAGCGUAAUCAAUUAAAUAUUUUUGGGAACAUUCAAUUGAGUAAUGAAGUUAAGAGUUAUUAUGAAAAGACGAUUUUCAGUUGUCCAUUUGAAUUGUGAUGGCGUCUGCUAAUAUGAAUGAGUGCGGCAUGUAAAAAAUAUGAAGGAUCUUAUUCGUAAACAAUAACUGAAUUUCAGCCUUUGACGUCCGUGAAACAUUUCCAUGUGUGAAUUUUACAGGACCCUGCAAUAUCCUGUAAAAUCACUACUGAAUUACCUGUACUGCUGUGGGAACGUAGCGGGUGUUAGGUAUGUUUAGGAAAUGGUUACUUGAUGUGGCGCCUAUAGAGCCAAGAUGGCGGAGUGCAUCUUACGCCGCGGUACACCCGAGGUAUCGCGUGGUUAGUUCACGUUGCACUUUUGUGUCUGUCAUGUUGUAGGUUGUCAGGUUUCUUUCGUGCUGUGACGACGGAUCUUAGUCCAAUAGACAGCGGUUAGUUAGUAAUUAAGAGUUUCGUAAUGUAGUGAAAUGAUCGUAUUGCCAUAUAGUUAGAUGAUUAGCAAAAUGUCUGGCAGGCGGGAGGGUGCAAUAAGAAAGGGAUAUCUUAAAUAUAUUUAAUCCGGUGAGCCCUUCGAUGGAAGUGUACGUAAUAUGGCCGGCUGUAAGUCCGGGAUUGUUCGACGCAGUAUAAUAAUAACAAAUAGGACAAAUUUUGCGAAUGAAUAAGCGUUUUGUACAGUAAUAUGGGAUAAAUAUUACAUUUUAAGUCUAUAGCAUAGUUUAGAGAAAUGGAUUGGUCGGCGCUCGGGCAGGAUGGUUUCAAAGCCCCAUAGUUUGUUUUGGCGUUUGAAAAAGCCGUAGGCACAUUUAUUUAGUUAACAAAUGGUGUCUUCUUUUAACGCGUUUUCUCAACUUAUGGAUUCAACUGCGACAUGCGCAAGUGGCGUAGGUAUUAAUUAUUCAGAGCUACUUAGGUACUCUUAAUGGGAAUUUCGUUAAUCCCUUAAAGUCACGCGUGCGCCUUCUGUCUAGUCAAUUCCUGUAGAUAAUAUGUAAUUACCUACUCGAAUCUUUAGGCUCUACUAAGCAGAAAUACUUGAAAGUGAAACUAACAACUAGUUUCACUAUAAGAGUAGGGUAUAAGACAAAGGUAAU